AUGGACAUUCUUUCUUUCAUUAGUGUCCUUGUUCAUAUCCUUGUUUCUUCACUCACAAUUUCCCUUUCAGUUGAUUCCAUUGCACUGUCACAUUCCCUCACUGAUGGCAUGACCAUAGUUUCACAAGGUGGAACCUUUGAACUUGGUUUCUUCAGCCCUGGGAAAUCCAAGAAACAUUACCUGGGAAUUUGGUACAAAAACAUCUCAGUUAAGACAGUUGUUUGGGUUGCUAACAGGGUCAACCCAAUCAAUGACUCCUCUGGUACCUUAACAGUGAAUAGGACUGGCCAUCUUGUCCUUCACCAGAAUGACACUGUUGUUUGGAACACAACUUCUCCGAGAAUACCACAGAAUCCAAUGGCUGAGCUCUUGGAUUCUGGGAAUCUUGUGGUAAGAGAUGAGAAUGAUGCAAACCCAGAAGCCUACUUGUGGCAAAGCUUUGACUAUCCAUGUGAUACAUUGUUGCCAGGGAUGAAAUUUGGAUGGGACUUAAGAACAGGUUUCAAUUGGACUGUAACAGCAUGGAAUAGUCCAGAUGAUCCAGCUCCAGGAGACUUUUCUUGUGUCAAUCACAACAACAAUUAUCCUGAUACAUAUUUGAUGAAGGGAACCAAAAAGUACAGCAGACUUGGACCAUGGAAUGGCUUGCAUGCAAGUGGUACUCUAGAUGUAAAGCCCAACCCAAUUUAUUAUUUCAAGUAUUUUUACAAUAAGGAUGAGCUAUAUAACACGUACUACCUCAUGAAUAGUUCUGUAUAUUCAAGACUUGUAAUCAACCAAACUGAUUACGCCCUUUACCGCUAUGUGUGGGUGGAGAGUGAUCAAAAUUGGAUGGUUUAUAAAACAAAGCCAUUAGACUACUGCGACCAUUACGGCCUGUGUGGAGCCAAUGGCAACUGUGUCAUCAAUGAAUCACCAAUUUGCCAAUGUCUUAAAGGGUUCAGACCUGAAUCGUUACUAGCAUGGAACACAAUGGAAUGGUCUCAAGGAUGUGUUCGCAACAAACCAUUAAGAUGCAAUGAUAAGCACAAAGAUGGGUUUGUCAAAUUGAAGGGGUUGAAAGUGCCAGAUACUAUGCAUUCUUGGUUGGAUGAGACAAUAGAUUUAGAGGAAUGCAGAGCCAAGUGCAUGGAUAACUGUUCUUGUAUGGCCUAUACUAAUUCAGAUAUUAGAGGACAAGGGAGUGGCUGUGCCAUGUGGUUUGGCAAUCUAAUUGAUGUAAGACAGUUUGCAGUUGGGGGGCAGGACUUAUAUAUUAGAAUGGACGCUUCAGAAUUAGAGGCGGAACACGGGCACCGGAAGAAGUUUACCAUAAUAGUUGGUAGCACCAUUGCUGCAAUUUCAGGGAUGAUUUUAGUUUGUUGCUGUAGUAUCUAUAAAUUCCGCAGAAACGGAACUGGUAGGAUGACUUACUCCCAUGUUCAUCUAUGUACUUUAUAUAUUUUGCCUGAGGAUGAUCUAGAUCUCCCGUUGCUUGACCUGUCAGCAAUAGCCAGUGCCACCAAUAACUUCUCAAUGAAUAACAAAAUUGGAGAAGGUGGAUUUGGACCUGUCUACAAGGGAAGAUUAGGAAAUGGGAAAGAAAUUGCUGUGAAGAGACUUUCAAGAAGCUCAACACAAGGAAUAAUCGAGUUCAAGAAUGAAGUAAAAUUGAUUGCAAAACUUCAGCACCGAAAUCUUGUAAAACUUCUGGGGUGUUGCAUUCAAGGAGAAGAAAAAAUGCUGAUUUAUGAAUACAUGCCAAACAGCAGCUUGGACACCUUCAUUUUUGAUCAUAACAAAGGGAAGUUUCUGGAUUGGUCUAAGCGCUAUCACAUUAUUUGUGGAAUUGCUCGGGGCCUUAUGUAUCUUCAUCAAGAUUCUAGACUAAUGAUUAUUCAUAGAGAUCUCAAAGCAAGUAACGUUUUACUUGAUGAUAAGCUGAACCCAAAAAUAUCAGAUUUUGGCAUGGCUAAAUCUUCUGCUACUGAGCAAAAUGAAGGAAAUACAAAUAGAAUUGUGGGGACCUAUGGCUACAUGGCACCUGAAUAUGCUGCUUAUGGACGAUUUUCAGUGAAAUCUGAUGUCUUCAGUUUUGGUAUUUUGGUGCUGGAGAUUGUGUAUGGAAAAAGAAAUAGAGAUUUUUGUGAUGCAAACCGAAUCCAUAACCUUAUUGGUCAGGCCUGGUUGUUGUGGAUGGAAGGCAAGGCUCUAGAAAUGAUUGACAAAAACUUGGAAGACUCAUGGAUUGAAUCAGAGGUAUUGCGUUGCAUCCAUAUUAGUCUUUUGUGUGCCCAACAACAUCCAGAGGAUAGACCAACCAUGUCAUAUGUGGUGCUUAUGCUGGGAAGUGAGAUAGAACUUCCUAAGCCUAAAGAGCCUGGCUUCUUCACUGGCAAGGCUUCAUUUAAAGGAAAUUGUACUUCAAAUCCAAUGAAAUCUUGCUCAAACAAUGAAGUUACCAUAACAUCAUUACAACCCAGGUGA